CAUGCAGGGUAAUGGGGACAAGUUAUGAAGUUAUAGUGCAAAAUGAUGAAAAAUUGGAGAUUUCAUUUACCAAAACAUGGGAUCGAUCAUCCAUGGAGGAAAAGCAGUCUCCUCUAAAUAUUGACAUUAGAUAUGUGAUGCUACGCAAUUCCUCUGGCUUGUAUUGUUAUAGCAUCUUUGAACACCGAAAAGAAUGGCCUGCUUUCAACGUUCCCCAAAUCAGAAUGGUCUUUAAGCUUCGAAAAGAUAAGUUUAAUUAUAUGGCUAUAGCGGAUAAUAAGCAAAGGCUAAUGGCUCUUCCAGAUGACCGGUUACCGACAAGAGGAAGAACACUUGUUCCACCUGAAGCUGUAUUGCUUGUUGAUCCUAUUGAACCACAGUUCAAGGGAGAGGUGGAUGACAAGUAUCAAUACUCAAGCAAUAACAAAGAUAUUAAGGUGCAUGGAUGGAUAAGCUCCAAAUCUGAAACUAAUCCUGCAAUGGGGUUUUGGGUAAUUAUACCUACCAAUGAGUUCCAAUCAGGUGGCCCUCUUAAACAGAACCUCACCUCUCAUGUUGGACCUAUUAGUCUCGCAAUGUUUCUGAGUUCGCAUUACGCAGGAGAGGAUGUUGUUAUGAGAGUCCAAAGAAAUGAGUCAUGGAAAAAGGUUUUUGGGCCAAUCUUUGUUUAUCUUAACACUUCAUCAGAAAACCAACUCCAACCAUCACUAUGGAAUGAUGCCAAAGACCAGAUGAGCAAACAAGUUCAAAGCUGGCCCUAUGAUUUUCCAGCUUCAGGGGAUUUUCAUAAGUCUCACCAACGAGGCAGUGUUUAUGGCACAUUAAAAGUCCAAGACAGGUUCAUAAGUGAUCACCACAUAUUGGCAGAAGGUGCAUAUAUUGGUCUGGCACCACCAGGAGAACCUGGAUCCUGGCAAACAGAAUGCAAGGGAUAUCAAUUUUGGACUCAAACCAAUAAAAGAGGCUUUUUCUCUAUCAACAAUAUACACAGUGGGAAUUACAAUCUUUAUGCUUGGAUCCCUGGUUUCAUUGGAGAUUAUUGUAACAAUGUUGUCCUCACCAUCAAGCCAGGUUUUAUUUUUUGGAAGAGAGAUGAUGGCACUUACCAUGGAACAACAUGGCAAAUUAAGUUCAAGCUUCAUAAUGUUCAGAAAAAUGGAACUUAUAAACUGCGACUAGCACUUGCAGCCGUUAAUUUCUCCGAAUUACAGGUUAGAGUGAAUAAUCCAAAAGAAGAUCCACCGAUGUUUACAAGUGGGUUGAUUGGGAAGGACAACGCCAUAGCUAGACAUGGAAUUCAUGGACUCUAUAGACUAUACAACAUUGAUUUAUCAUCUCAUUUACUAGUCAAAGAUGAUAACAUCAUAUAUCUUACACAAACUAUAGCUAAUGGUCCCUUUCAAGGCAUAAUGUAUGAUUAUAUUCGUUUGGAGGGUCCUCCUUCUCAUAAAUAAAGAAUGUUAAUUUCAUAUUUUUGUUUGUUAAAUAUCAAUGAUUUCAUCUCAAAGUUUAUUUA